AUGUGGGUUGAGUGUAUACUCUCAAUCUGUGAAGGUGUUUUGAUGGUUGAGUGUAUACUCCCAAUCUUUGAAGGUGUUUUGCCAGGCAAUCCGUCGUCUAAACUCAGCAACGGCUUCGAUUCUUGGCCAAAGUCUAAACUCAGCAACGGCUUCGAUUCUUGGCCAUUACGUAGUCUAAACUCAGCAACAGAUUCCAUUCUUGGCCAUGGUAGUCUAAACUCAGCAACGGCUUCGAUUCUUGUCGGGUCGAAGAGUGCCACUGUCCACUGUUUCUCCUUUCUUCGAGGUAAGACUCAGCAACGGCUUCGAUUCUUGGCCAGUCGGCCGGAGAGUGCCACUGUCCACUGUUGA